GAGAAGUAGGUGAUGCUAUCUUUCAUAUAGAAAAACAGCUAUACAUCUGUAAGGAGCAUGAAGACAAUGAAGAACCCUGCAGCCAGUUGUCUCUAUUUCUUGCAUCUCUUUGUUAUGGCAGUAUCAGGAGGAGAGGUCACAGGAUCAGUGAAUGACACAUUGACUUUACCCUGCACUUACAUUAUUCACAAAUCUCAACACCCCUUCUGCUGGGGACGAGGUGGCUGUUCACUGACAGAGUGCAACAAUAAUAUCAUCCGGACUGAUGGCCAAAAAGUGACCUGGAGGAAAUCUGACAGAUACCAGUUACUGGGGAACAUAAGUCAGGGGGACGUGUCCCUGACCAUCACUGGGGCCACUAAUGAAGAUGAAGGAACUUACUGCUGUCUUGUCCAUAUCCCUGGACUUUUCAAUGACAUGAAAGAAGAGGUGAACGUGAAGAUACAAGAAGGACCACCACAUCAAGGCCACCCUACCUUCUAUGAGACACAUGAUUCCAACCAAGGUGUGCCCCGGGGGAAAACUACAACUCGUAGCAAUCAGAUCUUCUCCACUCUUCACUCUGCUAGCCCUGGGAGUGAGGAAGAAGGACCCAGCCACUAUCACGAGAGGUUUAACUGGAACAGACUUGCAAAUCUGAGAUGGAUUAUCAUCCUUUUACUACCCGCAAUGUUCCUUCUCAUCUAUAAAUGUUGCUCCUUGUAGUUCUGCAGACCGUAUGAAGCUGGAGAACAUGGGGAAUCCAGUAAUAUAUUGGAGGGACUUUAUCAUGAGAAGAAUUUUAGCUUUGAAUCUGCGUUGGUGUAGUUUGCACCCAAUUUAUCAAAUGGUGCACAUUAGUUGACCAUUUUGACCAGAUUGUAACUAAUUUUGACACAUUUCAAAAAGUCACAUUAAUAAAUCUGAAAUACACUUACGGUAAUUGACACAGCUAUCUACUCCAUCUUUUCCUCCUACUUUUCAAAAAAAGCCAAAACGGCAUAAAAUCACAAAAGGUGUCAACAUUUGUUUGUGACAAUAGCAGGCUACAAAUUUGUGACUUUUCCCCCAGAAUUAUAACUCCCCCAUCGGCUCAUGAAUGCAACUGGUGCCUAUAUCCCCUAUAGUAGUUCUCCUCUCCCCUGUCCUUAUCGCCUAUAGCAAUAGUGCCCCUGGACCUCUCACUAUCAUAUACUAUAUGAGGUUUUUUUGCAGACUGUAUGCGUAACCAUUCAUUUCAAUGGGUCCGCAAAAAAUAACGGAAGUUAUUCUGUGUGCAUUUUGUUUCUGUAUGUUAAUAUGUCCAUUCCGCAAAAAAAUAGAGCAUAUCCUAUUAUUGUCUGCAUUACAGACAAGGAUAGUCCUGUUCUAUUAGGGGCCAGCUGUUCCGUUCCUCAAAAUACGGAAUGCACACGGAUGUCAUCAGUAUUUUUUGCGGAUCCAUUUUUUGCGGAAUGCAAAAUACACAUGGUUGUGUGCCUGAGCCCUAAUGAAGGACAUUUACCACCUUGUCAGACUUGUCCAUACAUACAGGGACUGUCAUGUUAACUGCCACGCAAUAAAAUGUUAAAGAUAAACAAAAGUGCUUGAAAUUGGCGUCACACAGUGGCUAUGUUCUCUUUUGCACACAUUUUUGUUUGCUUUAAUAUAUCUAAAAUAAAAUAAAAAAUCUGACCGUUUUGAGUAUAAAGCUCUUAUCCAAGAACUAUGUCUUUCUAUGGUAACAUUUAAAAAAAAUAUAUAAACCGUGUAUAUCUGAGGUACUCUUCCUCUACUUCUACUCCUGAUAAUGGUACAAGCAUCUAUGGUAAGAGAAAGUCAUUAUUCACAUAUAACAUGUAUUUUUUCUAAGGAGACCUCAGAUCUGCUGUUCUCACAUUUCACGAUUUUCCAUAUCAGGGAUACGGAGAGACAUGGGGAACACCCACUGAACUCUGUACUUGCAGCUGCACAAGCAGGCAUAUCAUGGAAAGCAGGUAUUAUACAUGUCAGGGGCAUUUGAGAGGUUGGUAUUAGUUAGGUACAUUUCUGAACACAAAUCCCCAACAGGGGGCAGUAUACUGAUAAAACACAUGUGCUGUCUCAACUAUUGCAAUGAGAAUAAUGGUGGAAAAAAACUGGAGCAAAGUAAAACAGGCUUAGUUGCCCAAAGCAACCAAUCAGAUUCCACCUUUCAUUUUUCACCAUGGGCAAGUGCCCCCCCCCCUGGAAAUCGGGGC